AAGGAAGAAUGCUUCCCAGACUGGCAAAGUCAUCUUUAAUCCAACAGGUGCGUGGAGUUUCGGCGAUUGCAAAUGCCGAGCCAUCUGGACCUAGUAUUUCAACGAGCAUUCCUGGACCAAAGUCAAAGGCGUUGAAACAGGAAAUGGAUAAAGUUCAUCAAACUACAUCCGUUCGUUUCCAUGUCGACUACGAGAAAUCAUUCGGAAAUUACGUUGUAGAUGCUGAUGGAAAUGCACUUCUCGAUGUCUAUACUCAAAUAUCAUCUCUUCCUUUGGGAUACAAUCAUCCAGAUUUGGUUAAGGUCGCUUCGCAGCCACAUUUGAUUACAUCUCUUGUUUCUCGUCCAGCUCUUGGAUCCUUCCCACGUACCGACUUUGCUGAUGGAAUUUCUCAUGCUCUUACAUCAAUUGCUCCAAAAGGAUUGAAGGCAGUUCAAACAAUGCUUUGCGGUACAUCGGCCAACGAGAAUGCAAUCAAAACUGCAUUUAUCUGGUAUCAAGCUCAGAGAAGAGGAGGUCUUGGACCAGAUGCUCUUCAUUUGGAAAGCUGCAUGAAUCAACAGAAACCAGGAACUCCAAAUCUUUCAGUUAUGGGAUUUGAAGGAGCUUUCCAUGGAAGAUCUUUGUGCAUGUUGUCGGUUACCAGAAGUAAGCCAAUUCAUAAGGUUGAUAUUCCAGCAUUUGACUGGCCAAUUGCCAAGUUCCCCCGUUAUAAGUAUCCACUUGACCAGAAUGUUGCAUACAAUAAGAAGCAAGAUCAGGAGUGUCUUGCUGACGUUGAAGCGAAGAUUUCCGAAUGGAAACGUCGUGAUAAUGAUGUAGCUGCAAUUAUUGUUGAACCAAUUCAAGCAGAAGGUGGAGAUCAUUAUGGAAGUCCAGCAUUCUUCCAAGGCCUCCGUGAUAUUACUUCUAAACAUGGAAUUGUAUUCAUUGUUGAUGAAGUUCAAACUGGAGGUGGAGCAACUGGAGAUAUCUGGGCUCAUGAUCACUGGAACUUGAGCUCUCCACCAGAUAUGGUCACAUUCUCAAAGAAACUUUUGACAGGAGGAUACUUCUACGGAGAACAUCUCCGAGUUAAGGAGGCUUACCGUAUUUACAACACAUGGAUGGGAGAUCCGACCAAGCUUCUUCUUUUGGAAAAGGCUGUUGAGGUUAUUAAGAGAGAUGGAUUGAUUGAGCAGAGCAGAGAAGUUGGAGCUGAAUUCCAAAAGAGACUUGGAGAACUUCAAGCAUCGUCUGGAGGAAAGUUGGAUCAAGCCAGAGGAAGAGGAACUUUUGCCGCCGUUGACUUCCCAUCUGGAUCUUUGAGAGACAAAUUUGUUGACUUGGCCAUCAGCAACGGACUUCACUGUGGAGGAUGUGGAGACCGUUCACUUCGUUUCCGUCCAUCACUCGUCUACACCAAAAAACAUUUGGAUCUGACUUUCGAUCUUCUCGACAAGACUUUGAAGGGAUUGUAAUCAUUUUUUCUUUUGUUUUCUCUUUAAAGCUGUAUCCAUUUUAUUUGCUUCGCUGACCAUCUAGCUUGUUAUUAUUUCAAAAUAUAAUUAAUAAAUUAAAUAUUCAUU